AAGUUAACCUACUUUAACAGACAAAAACGCUGUUUUCAGUAGUGUCAUUAAAUGUUUAAAUCCCCCCUGUGUGAUCUGAUCAGAUUACAGUCUAGCUAUGUGAUCCUGUUUACCUGUUUCAGUCGGGAACCAGACAACAGUUCGAACAUGACUGACUUAAAUUGUCAGUCUAGUUCUCUUGUAUCUGCACUAACUGCGUUUGCUUUCCUUGUAUCUUCAACAUGUCUUUUUUACAGACCAGUGAUUAUAACAAGAAUGGGGAACUUCACGUCGUCUGCUCCUGGUUUGUCAAGCUCAGCAUGCAAUCAGUUUGUCCAGGAUGUUGUGUCUAGUAACUGUGUUGUAAUAUUCUCCAAAACCACAUGCCCCUAUUGUAAGAUGGCAAAGAAUGUCUUUAAUGAGAUAGGAGCUACAUAUAAAGUUGUUGAAUUGGAUGAGCACAAUGAUGGCCGACGUCUCCAGGAGACCUUAGCACAAAUGACAGGUGCCAGAACGGUACCAAGAGUCUUUAUUAAUGGGCAGUGCAUUGGAGGUGGCUCAGAUACAAAACAGCUCCACCAGCAAGGGAAACUUCUGCCUCUUAUUGAACAAUGUCGUCCAUGCUGUUUGAGUACAAGCCCUGAGGGCUCAGGCAAUGGUCAACAGCCUAAUCAGUCAUAAUGAUUUGUAAUAUGUGUUUGUACUUUAUGGUCACCCUUGAACAGCUCAAAUAAAAGUUAAGUAUUUAUGUUUUAAAAUGUA